AUGUCGAAGGCCCGGAUCACAUUCCGCGAGUACAAUAGCUUGAAAAGCUACUUGCUUUUCAAAGCUACUGGCGGCAUUACCAGCACCUAUUCAAAGAGCAACGAGAUGUAUUGGCAACCGAGAGCGACAACACACGGUUCGCUUUUCGCCCCCUUGUAUCAGACCUCGAUGAUUCGUGCAUUGCCCCAAGGGUACAACUACCCGAUGUCUCGUGGGCUCAACUGCACGAUCUUUGAUACUCCGUGCGAAGAAUAUGACAACUUCGCCACGGUGCUCAAAUAUCCUGGUGUCCGUCGCCUAGGUCUUGCCGUGAAUGUCUACGGACAAGAGCGGUCAUGGAAGUGGAAGGCGUCUCGAAAUGGAAAGCUUCACUGGGCUCUAACACAUUGA